AGAAAAUAGUCGUCUAACUAAAGCCAGCCAACCGUCGUUAGCCGAUGUUAUGCUGCGUUAUCUACGCACAUUAGCAUUUCGCAUCGUUUGAUAGAAUAAUGGCGAUGCCCGCGUAGCUAUUUUUUGUUAGCAUUGACAAGAAAAAUCGACAGUUGUAGUUGCGACGUUUUCGUCCGCUCUGUUUGGCUUGUUACUAGCAAGCUGUUAGCUUUGCUAGGCGCUGCUAGCCAGCAGCAGGUAUCGAGCUAGUCAGCCAGUAUCUAUAGAUAUAUAUACAUACACACGGUCGCGCUAGUUAGCGCUGGUUAGCUCGGCACGUCUUAAAACCAGGAAGGAGGCGGCAGUUCACCAAGGCUUGGCCUCGAAGGUCGUUUCAGUUUAGACAGUUUUGUCCAGAAACGAGAAGUCUUGUGGAAUCACUCAAACGGGUUAUUUAGACAACCCCAGUCAAGAUGUCAAAGGCCCUGGAUUCUCCACAGCGGUCCCAUUCCAGAUCUAGGUCAAAGUCCAGGUCCAGGUCUUACUCUCGGUCUCACUCCAGAAGCCGCUCCCGCUCAAGAUCCAGAAAACGUCGUUACAGUUCUAGGUCUCGUUCCCGUUCCAGAUCACACUCUCCCUCCCACAGAAAUUACCCAUCCCGGGAUUACCAGAACAACCGGGGAGGGUACAGGGGCUACAACCGUGGCUACCGUAGGCCCUUCCACUACCGUGGCAGGAACCGAGGAUAUUUCCCACGUGGUCGUUACCAGAACAGGGGAGGAGGCAAUUACGGCUACAGAGCCAACAACUGGCAGGGCGGCAGCAACUGGCACGAUCACCAUCAUGACCAGGACCACCACUCCCACAGCCCAAGGAGGGGACGCUCUCGCUCUCGCACUCCCAGGAAGCGCUCGGCAAGCCGUAGCCACUCCCGCUACUCCGAUCGGUCAUCUUCCGGCCGAUCCCGGCGGUCUAGGCGCUCAAGCUACUCUUCUCGUUCCCGUUCAUCAUCCCCACGGCGCCGCAGUAGCAAAGGGAAGCCCACUGCCAAGGAGACUAAAGACAAGCCUGCUGAAGGCCAGGUGGAGGUCACAAGUAAACCAGCAGAUGGUAGUGCUAUUGAAAAGGCAUCAGGAGGUAAAUGGCUCGACUAUGACACUAGCCCCAAACAAACCAGUCCUCAGGCCGGCCUUGCUGCCUGUGCUAAAGAGGACACUCCAGUGGGCCCUGAAAAGAAAGGGCCUGGGAGUGGUGGUCCCCUUUGGAGAACCAUAGGCAGUGCCCCUUCCCCUGCUCCUGCUCCUGCGCCUGCUCCUGCACCUGCUCCUGCUCCUUCUCUUCCUCCAAAGAGCCCUACCAGGUCAGGGCCGACAACCUCCUUCAGCGGGUUUGGAUUCUUUUCAAAGGAAGAUACCAAGACUGGAGACAAGACUGCGAUGUCCUCUGCAUUCAAAAAGUUUUUGGCAGAGAAUAAAAAUAAAAAGCAGGCAGCUGACAAUGAAGAUAGCCGGGAUAAGGAGCAGAGCACUGUGGAGAGAGAGCUUGAGAAAGGCAACGGCAAGGGGGGAGGCCUCUAUGAUGUUACUGCUGCUGCCUAUGGUGAACUCAAGGAAGAGAAAGGAUUGCCUUUCUUCGAAGCAGAAGAAGAGGAGUUCCUGAAGUCUCAUGGGCUGAAGGACAGGGAGGCCGGGGAGGAUGCAGAUGUCAAGCCCAAAAACACCCUCACGCCGCGGGACAUAUAUGGCAAGUGGGAGGAUGAGCCCAAUUAUCCAACCUCGUAUCCACCAGUCAAAGAGAAAAGCCGAAGAGAUGCUGAGGAGCCAGAGGAGGACAUGGAACAUGUUGGGGAGGAGCUGUACCACAGCCGCAAACACAGCUCCAAGAAGGAAGAGAAGGCCAAGAAGAAGGAGAAGAAGGAGAAAGAGAAAUCCAGGAGGAGUCUGUCCCCCAUUUCAGCUCCUGCCCGACUUUCUGACAGCAGAGAAAAGGACAGGCCCUUGUUCCCAGGGGGCGUCCCUCCCAGUGAGCAGGCACCCACUCCCCGGCUGUCUGUGACGAGGGAGGACUUUGAGCUUAAAAUCGGCGCCUUGGAUGACAUGCCCAGCUCCUCUGUGCCUAAAGACCACCGCCGGUCCAGAGAUCUAGUGGUUCCAGUUAAGAAAGAACAGGAGUUCACCUCCAUUUUCCAACACAUUCAGUCAGCACAGCUUUGUCGUAGCCCCUCAGAGCUGUUCGCGCAGCACAUAGUCACUAUUGUGCACUACAUAAAAGCCCAGCACUUCCGCUCCGUGGACAUGACUUUAAGUGAGCGGUUUGCCAUGUACCAAAGAAAAGCUGCUGAGGCAGAAAUGAUGAAGCCAAGGAAGAGUCCAGAAAUCCACAGGAGAAUCGAUGUCUCCCCCAGUGCCUUUAAGAGGCACUCUCAACUGUUUGAGGAUAUGGAGGAGACCAGCUACAAGGAACCAGGUAAAAAACUCAAAGGGGAUGUGAUGGACCUGCGCUUGGAUAUUGAGAGACGAAAAAGGUUUGCCGGGAAGGAGCGCGAGUACAAGAGGGACGGGGGCAAGAGUUCAGGAGGCUCCCGGGGACCUAGCAGAGAGAGGUCUUCCGAGAAGUCUGCCAAACAUCAUAAAAAAUCUAAGAAGAGCAAGAAGAAGCGGGAACGCUCCCCAUCCUCUUCUUCCUCCUCGUCCUCUCCCUCCCCAUAUCCUCCAUCUUUUAGGGGUAAGGAGUACAUGAGGGAGGGGCUGGAGCAUUUGGAGGAGGGCUAUCCUCACCCACGCUAUCCCCCGCGCGACUACAGCGGGCCCGGAGAUAGGGGUCCCCGGGAUUAUGAGGCCCACAACAUGGACAGGGGCAGAGGACGCGGAUUUUACCCUAGAGUGAGGGGAAGAGGCUGGAACAGGGGCAACUACCCAGGCAACAACAGCAAUGGCAACCCUCCCAAUGUGAAUGCCCCAGUCCGCCCUACGGAAGAGGAGUGGGACCCUGAAUACACUCCCAAGAGUAGGAAGUAUUAUUUGCAUGACGAUCGCGAUGGUGAGAAAGCAUGGGCAGACAACCGUGGGCGGGGCCGAGGGACCUUCCCAGCCCGUCGGGGACGUUUCAUCUAUCGAAAGGGAGGCAGCAGCCCUAAGUGGACCCACGACAUGUUCCAGGGCAGUGAGGAGGGGGAGCUGGCAGAUGACGGCAUGGAGAUAGACCAUAAGGAGAACAAAGCCAGUGGAGGCUCCUCCACCCCAAAGCAGUAGACCACCAUCUUUGUAUCAGUUUUGGUGACAGUAGUUAUCAGCAGUUGUAAGUCUCAGAAACAGAAAAUUAAUAGUGAUAAUAAAGGGGCGUUUUUUUUGUUUUUUAAACUUCCGAGCCAUCUCUUCUUUAUUGAAUGGUUAAAAUUUGUCAAGAGUUUGAGCCCUCUCACAAUUUAAGUGAAGGAAGAAUUGUUUAAUUGACUUAAGGAGCAAGACUUGCUCAAGUCAGUUUUGGUAUGCUUGCCGAUUUCAGUUCUAGGUGUUAAUUUUCCAUUAUUAUUAAUGUUAAAAGUUGUGAUUCUCUUGUUUUUGCGGUCAGUUGACACCCAAGUCAUUUCGGCCCCGUGAGGGUGAAAACAUUGAGGCAACAAAGGUUCAAAGAUGGCUGAAUUUCCUCUGAGAACAUGAGAAAUAACAAAUGCAUUUGUGCCUUAGAAAUGAACAUUUCAGUGAUACAUGUGCUCACAGUCUCUUUCCUUUUGUACUGCCUUUCAGUUUUCUACUAGUGAAAGACAUCAGCUGGUUGAUGGAAGGUGUUUUUUUCUUUGUUUUUUGGGGGAAGGGCAGUGAUGAACCUAAUGGUAUUGCAUGAAUAUUAGAUUAAUACCUUGCUCUGUGGGACCAAUCAGUAGUGGGCACCGGGCUCUCACGUGUCCUUAAAUUCCCAAACACGGAUGUUAUCGUUUGUUGUACCCCUGAACUAUUAAUAUUUCUCACUUAUAUUAUCAAAGGAUUUUCACGUAGCACCAUUUAUCCAUGUCUUUUUAGGAGAUAAAGAGGUUGUCGUGUAUGUGUGUGGUGUACUCUCAUUGAUUGUAGACCAUUUGUGUUUUUAAACGAUUGAAUAAUUUUCACCACAUAAAAUAGAAAGGAUCAACACUGCGUUGCUUUAGAGCUCAAAGACGUCUGUAGGUUUGUGUCUGUCAUCGAUUUAGGUUACGUGUUUAGAUUUUUAAGGCACUAACAGUUAUAAAAACAAUGUAAAGUACAUUGAUAUUCAAUACCUGAGUUAUUGAAAAGGGUAUGUCUUUGGUUGAGAAAAGUAGAGACAGUACUGUUCUUUCCUUUUUAAAUGCAGCAGUUGUCUUUUGUGAAAAACUAAGUAACUACUUCAGUUAAAUUUGCUCUCGAAGAUUGUAUGACUCAAAAAAGUUGAGAAAUCUCUAACUUGUGACAAAUGUACGGUCAAAGGUAAAGUUUAAAGGUCUGUUUUUUCUUUCUCUUGACAGUUUGACACAAACUAGCAUAACAGAUUUUGUGAAUCUCACCGCUGCUAUGUCCUGCGUACCUUCGGCUGUCCACCGUAUGUACUGAAUACAACCGUGGGACUGUGAUCUGUUUCUCUGUUGGAAGCCGAAGUGCGUCCUUUCUUUCUUUUUUUUUUCUACUGUCCCUCAAGAGCUUUGAAUUACUUGUCUUAGUCUUCAAUAAAUCCUUUCUUUGAUUUCAUUUCAGCGACUGUCAUUUGUCCCCAACUAUCUGCAAACUAGGGGCGUACGGGUGGUGUACCGGUCUAUUCCGUUGCCUGCCAACACGGGGAUCGCCGGUUCGAGUCCCCGUGUUACCUCCAGCUUGGCCGCGCGUCCCUACAGACACAAUUGGCCGUGUCUGAGGGUGGGAAGCCGGAUGUGGGUAUGUGUCCUGGUCGCUGCACUAGCACCUCCUCUGGUCGGUCGGGGCGCCUGUUCAGGCAAGGGGGAACUGGGGAGAAUAGCGUGAUCCUCCCACAUGCUACAUCCCCCUGGUGAAACUCCUCACUGUCAGGUGAAAAGAAGCGGCUGGCGACUCCAGAUGUAUCUGAGAAGGCAUGUGGUAGUCUGCAGCCUUCCCCGGAUCGGCAGAGGGGGUGGAGCAGCGACCGGGACGGCUCAGAAGAGUGGGGUAAUUGGCCGGAUAC